GCCCGCCCCUCCUGUUAUCAAAAAGCCGAAAACGAUAUAAGUACAGUGUCCACCGCCUCCGCCUCCACCGAAACCCCCAUCGUCCCCUGUACCAAAAAAAUGGCAGACCUACCCCCUUCCGUCUUCAUGCUCAAACCUACCGCCCAGCUUGAGGCUCUGUUCACCAUCAUCAGGGACAAGAACACUUCAAGGGGUGAUUUCUUGUUCUACAGUGAUAGGAUCAUCAGGCUGUUGGUCGAAGAGGGCCUCAAUCAUCUUCCUGUGGUGCCGAAGACGGUGGAGACGCCGACGGGCAUGAUCUAUGAGGGUGUUGGGUUUGAGGGUAAAAUAUGUGGGGUAUCGAUCUUGCGUGCUGGAGAGGCGAUGGAGGCAGGUCUGCGCGAGGUGUGUAGGAGUGUACGGAUAGGAAAAAUCCUCAUUCAACGUGACGAGGAAACUACCCUCCCCAAACUCUUCUACUCCAAGCUUCCUCCAGACAUUGCCAGCCGCUACGUUCUCCUCCUCGACCCCAUGCUCGCGACGGGUGGAUCGGCCAUGAAGGCCGUAGAAGUCAUCAUGGAGAAUGGCGUCCCAGAGGACAGGAUCAUCUUCAUCAACCUCAUCUCCUCGCCCGAAGGUCUCAAAACCUUUGCUACAAAAUACCCCUCACUCAAAGUCAUCACCGGAUGGGUAGACGAGGGACUGAACGAACGGGCGUACAUCGUGCCUGGACUGGGAGACUUCGGCGAAAGGAGGUACUGCGUCUAAUCCACUCUUAACUCUCAUCUUCUUUGCAUCAUGGGACUUUGAGCGUAUGGACAUAUGUGCAUUAAGGGACUAGGUUAGGGCGGGACAUGCAUGACUGAUCCAACACAUCACUAUUACCAUAAGGCAUAUCAAUUGUAUAUAGAAUCAAGAGAACUUUUUGGGUAUUUGUACAGCAAUCAACUCAAACAUUCCCUUCGCAC